AAAAUUAAGCAACAGCGAUUUCUAACCUCUACCCUUUAUGUCCCACUGACGUUACUUUAUUCGCAUCUUCUUGUAUGCGGUGCUUCAUUGUCGGUAUUCCCCAUUUCCCUUCCCCGCCUUUUUAUAGUAAUAUUUUAUUAUCUCUCCACCGUCUUCUGCCUUCUAAAACUCACCUUCUUCGAACUCCCUCCUCCGUUUCUUCUCCUUCAAAACCUCAAAUCCCAUUUGAUCAAACCUUUUUCCCUCAUCUUAUCAUCCACCAUGGGAGGAGGAAAUGGGCAGAAAUCCAAGAUGGCACGUGAGAAGAACAUGGAAAAGCAAAAAGCUGCUGCCAAAGGGAGUCAGCUUGAGUCUAACAAGAAGGCCAUGACCAUCCAGUGCAAGGUGUGCAUGCAAACAUUCAUGUGUACCACAUCAGAAGUGAAGUGCCGGGAGCAUGCUGAAGCGAAGCAUCCUAAAUCUGAUGUAUACAUGUGUUUUCCUCAUCUUAAAAAGUGACACACAAAACUCGAUGAAAGAACUGGGAGUUUGAGAUGGCUUGUAGCAUAUAUCUAUCUUGUACCUUGCUACUUAUGAUUAGCUUCCUAAAAUCUCUUUCACAAGCCUCUGAACUCACCAGUGAAUUUUAUUGUCGCCAUUGUCAUGCUGUGUUCAGUCCUGGGUGCCAAUUGAAUCUAUUUGGAUUUUUAGCAGUCUCUCUUGCAUGUUGCUAGGAAGGCAUACAAUUGAUGUGGUAAAGCUUUCAUAA